ACACUCUCACAAGUGUUGAAGAUAGGGGGUUUGGAUUUAUAUAGCUGAGUUAUAAGAGGACUCCUUUACUGCUGUAUGAAACACAGGGACUAGCUUUCUGACUGUCUAUAAAAUUCCUUUAGUGCACUCUGGCACUGGGAACAGGAACAGCUUUCCUGUCAUUCAGGAUACACACUCACACAGUAUUCCGGACAUCAUGCCUUUGGGAUCUCGCUGUGGGAAACUUUGAGGGGGAGUGUUUAAAGGUGGAGCUGAAGACUGAAGCUUGUGGGACAGGACGCAAGGACUGAACAGAAGUGCAUGUUUGAUGGUUUCACAAUGGAGUGGAUUUGAUCACGACACAAUCCAUGAGGACUUAAGCUUGAGUAGAUCCAAGGGUCUGCAAGAGGACUCUUCAGGGAAGUCUGAGAUUAAGAGACUUGGUUUCCAUGAGAACUUUUCCAGGAGUUUAUCUGCACUGAUACCGGAUUCAAGAGGACUUGUUCCCAGCGCUGCUGAGAUAUCUUGUUGUCGGUGGGCUUCAGAGUGGAAACUCUCACCAUGGCUGGGGUCACUAGGAAGGGGUCUGGGAGACCCUCGUACUACUACAGAUUCCUGGGCAAGUCCCGACUGCAACGUCAGCGAAGCCGGUCCCGCAGCCGCACCAGGCCGUCUGCCAGCAGGGAGUCUCCUCCAGAGAGGACAGGACGCCGACGCAGCAUGCCAGGCAGCUCCUCGGACAAGACGGCACCCGCCAUGGAGGCUACGUCCACCGCUGCGACACCUUUCCGAGUCACCGUGAGUACUGGCUUUCUGAGUCGACGGCUGAAGGGCUCGAUAAAGCGCACCAAGAGUCAGCCCAAACUUGACCGCAACUCCAGCUUCAGACACAUCCUUCCCGGCUUCAGGAGCGUCGAUAAUGACAGAUCUCAUCUGAUGCCAAGGCUGAAGGAGUCUCGCUCCCAUGAGUCAUUGCUCAGCCCCAGUAGCGCUGUGGAAGCACUGGACUUAAGUAUGGAGGACGAGGUUGUCAUCAAGCCUGUUCACAGCAGCAUCCUCGGGCAGGACUACUGCUUUGAGGUCACCACCUCCACAGGAAGCAAAUGUUUUUCCUGCCGUUCAUCAGCCGAGAGAGACAAAUGGAUGGAGAAUCUGAGGCGAGCGGUACAGCCCAACAAGGACAACAGCCGGCGGGUGGAGAACAUGCUGAAGCUGUGGAUCAUCGAGGCUAAGGACCUGCCGGCCAAAAAGAAAUACUUCUGCGAGCUCUGUCUGGAUGACUCACUCUACGCCCGCACCACCUGUAAACUCAAGACUGACAAUGUGUUCUGGGGAGAGCACUUUGAGUUCAAUAACCUGCCUGCUGUCAAGAGCAUCACGGCCCACCUUUACAAAGACACGGACAAGAAGAAAAAGAAAGAUAAAAACAAUUACAUCGGACUCGUCAAUAUCCCCGUCGCUGCUGUUACCGGUCGACAGUUCAUGGAGAAGUGGUACCCAGUCAGCACGCCCAACCCCACCAAGGGCAAGACGUCUGGGCCCAUGAUCAGAAUCAAAGCUCGCUAUCAGAGUAUGAACAUCCUUCCCAUGGAGAUGUACAAAGAGUUUGCCGAGUACACCACCAAUAACUACAUGCUGCUAUGCUCGGUGCUCGAGCCCGGGAUCAGCGUCAAGAACAAAGAGGAGAUGGCGUGUGCGCUGGUCCACAUCCUACAGAGCACUGGGAAGGCCAAGGACUUCCUCACAGACUUGAUGAUGUCGGAGGUGGAUCGCUGCGGGGAGAACGAGCACCUCAUCUUCAGAGAGAACACGCUAGCGACAAAGGCCAUAGAGGAAUACCUCAAACUGGUGGGACAGAAGUACCUGCAGGACGCCCUCGGUGAGUUCAUCAAGGCUCUGUACGAGUCAGACGAGAACUGUGAGGUGGAUCCGUCCAAGUGUUCGUCAGGUGACCUGCCCGAACACCAGAGCAACCUGAAGAUGUGCUGCGAGUUGGCCUUCUGCAAAAUCAUCAACUCAUACUGCGUCUUUCCACGAGAGCUGAAAGAGGUCUUUGCGUCGUGGCGGCAGGAAUGCAGCAACAGGGGUCGACCGGACAUCAGCGAGCGUUUGAUCAGCGCGUCCUUGUUCCUGCGGUUUCUCUGUCCGGCCAUCAUGUCGCCCUCACUUUUCAAUUUGAUGCAGGAGUACCCGGACGACCGCACAGCACGGACGCUCACACUCAUCGCUAAAGUCACCCAAAACCUGGCAAACUUCACCAAAUUUGGUAACAAGGAGGAGUACAUGUCCUUCAUGAACCAGUUCUUGGAGCACGAGUGGACCAACAUGCAGCGCUUCCUGCUGGAAAUCUCCAACCCGGAGACGAUCUCCAACACGGCGGGCUUCGAGGGGUACAUCGACCUCGGCAGGGAACUCUCCACCCUCCACUCGCUCCUCUCUGAGGUGGUGUCCCAGAUGGACCAGAGUGCAGCCUCCAAGCUGGGUCCUCUGCCCAGGAUCCUGCGGGAGGUGAACACGGCUCUGCUGAACCCGUCCAGCGUCCAGAUGACAUCCGGACCGUCCUCAGACCACAUGGGCUCGCCUCCCGCUGAGGCCGGCUGCAGCAUCUCCACCGGCCUGCAGAAAAUGGUCAUAGACAACGACCUUUCAGGAUUAGUCGACUUCACCAGGUUACCCUCCCCUACCCCAGAAAAUAAGGACCUAUUCUUUGUGACGAGGAGCUCAGGGAUCCAGCCUUCCCCAGCGCGCAGCUCGAGCUACUCUGAGACCAACGAACCGGACAUGGGCAUGUCCAACGGCAGCAAGAGUCUGUCCAUGGUGGACCUCCAGGACCCCCGCAGUCUGGAAGGUGGCCCAGGUCCAAGCAACUCAGAUGGCCUGGGUGAAGGCCCAGCUCCUGGUGGUGGGUGGUCAGCCAGAGUCCCACAGGGCAACAUCCCCGGAGGUCCCACCCUGAGGAGGCCGGGUCAGAACCCCACCACCAUGGGCAAUGAGAGCACCCCAGGACGACCCGCUCAGCUAUUAGCCCCGCUGUCUUUCCAGAACCCAGUCUACCAGAUGGCAGCCUGCCUGCCCGUGUCCCCUCGCGGGGUGACCGACUCGGGCUCAGAGUGCCACAGUUCUGUCAGUUCCCAUAGCAACAAUGAGGACGGACCGGCGGGAGGGAAGCACACCUUCUUGAACCACGGUGGAGGAGGAGGAGGGGGAGGUGGAGGCGGAGGGGGGGGGAGCAGCGGAGACGAGUACACCAGGCGAUCAGGGGAGUUCAACCGCCGACAGCUGUCCCUCACAGAAACACAGCACCAGCCCACCGUCCCCAGACAGAACAGCGCCGGCCCGCAGCGGAGGAUAGACCAACCUCCGCCUCAGAGCAUCACUCGGGGCCGCACACCCCCGAAUCUGAACAGCGGGCCCUACCCCCGGCCCUCCUCCGGCAACAUGAUGACAUCUUCGCCCGACUGGCCCGGCGCGGGUGCUCGAUUACGACAGCAGUCCUCGUCCUCCAAGGGCGACAGUCCCGAGACCAAGCAGAGGGCUCAGCACAAACAGGCCCCCUCCCCAGUGAACCCCAGUGCGCUGGACCGCACAGCAGCCUGGCUAUUGAAUAUGAAUGUGCAGUAUUUAGACCAUGAGGGGAUGGAGCCCGAGUCACUGAGAAACAGAGAGGAUCUGACUCAGGUGGAGAAGUACCAGCAGGAGAUCGCCGUGCUGCAGGAGAAGCUGCGGGCGUCGGUGCAGAAGCUGGAGGAGUACGAGGCUCGGCUGAAGGGUCAGGACGAGCAGGCCCAGAAGGUGCUGAUGGAGUACCAGGCCCGGCUGGAGGAGUCGGAGGAGCGCCUGCGCAGACAGCAGGACGACAAGGACCUGCAGAUGAAGGGCAUCAUCAGCAGGUUAAUGUCGGUGGAGGAGGAGCUGAAGAAGGAUCACUCAGACAUGCAGGCGGUCGUGGACUCCAAACAGAAGAUCAUCGACGCACAGGAGAAGCGCAUCGCGUCGCUGGACGCUGCCAACGCCCGUCUGAUGAGCGCCCUGACGCAGCUGAAGGAGCGCUACAGCAUGCAGACCCGCAACGGCAUCUCGCCCACCAACCCCACCAAACUGCAGAUCACGGAGAACGGAGAGUUCAGGAACAGCAGCAACUGUUAGACGGCCGGCGAGCGCUCGAGUGCCUGCGUGUGUGCGUGUACAGAGAAUCAGAUGCGAGGACGUCGACAGUACGUGCAUGCGUGGAUGCAUGCCGGUUUGAACGACUGCGAGGGUGCACACAUGCGUGUGGUUUUUUUUUUGUUUUGUUUUUAAAAAGCGUGAACUCCUGGAGGACAUGUUUUUGGACGCCGAUGUAAGGAGUGAGGUCAUCAGCCGGAAGAGGCGGGACUUCGGCGGUGACGGAGGGAUCACCAGACGGCCAGAGGAGGCGGGGCUUGUACAUAUGAAACUCAAAAGCUGUCCAUCAGUUCCAACGCUCUCUCGCCGGUGGACGCGAUUCAAGACCCCCGCCUCAGCCCGGGACGAACCACUAUAUAACCACACACAGUGACGACCGCCAUGACGCGGUCACCUCCUAACGAAACCCUCCUCUUCCUCCUCUUCCUCUCUCUCUCUCUCUCUCUCUCUCUCUCUCUCUCUUUUAUCCUCCUCCUCUUCAAAACAACGCCAGGCGUCGAGGAUCAUCACCUCGUAUCGCCCUGAGAGGGAAACUUUCUAGUGCUUUAUUUAAAAAGUCAUUUAUAACGAACCAAAUAGGAGCUCAACAUAACAAAAACAAAAAAAUAAGAAACACAGAUAUUUUUAGUCCAGAACAAAUCGUCUUUACGUCCCUCGUCUACUCCUCAGGUGUGUUCCUGAGCGGACCCCGCCUCCCCUCCCCUCCCCUCCCCUCCCCCGCCCGCCAUCCCUACGUAGUGCACUUUGUGAGAAGCUAUUGGUACAUUAAAAACGCCUUAAGUAAAGGAACACACCUCGACUUUAUCCCACAGCUCCCCUCCCCCCUCUAUCUCUGCAAAAAACAAAACAAAACAAAAAAAACAAAAGAAAAAAAGGCACAACUUCUACUGUGGAUUUGUAAAGGAUACAAAAACAAAAAGUUGUACACACGUCAACAUGUAUCAUGAACACUACAAACUAAAUGAAUUCUAUGUGAUGCUAUAUUAAUGAAGUUUUAAUAUAGAUGUAUGCAUUUUCUUUUUUUUCUUCAAUAGAGUAUACACACAUAUCUAUAUCUAUAUUUGAUAACCUCAAAUAUAUAUUAAAGAGUAAAGAAAAAGAAGCAGCCCUUUAUUUAGGAGUCAGAUGUAGUUUUAUUUUUCUUCUCUCGACGAUGAACGACUGUAAAGUGUGUAGCUUUUGCUUCUGGAGCUCCCGGAGGAGGAGGAGACCACGCGGAGCGCCGGGCGGCAAAAAACAAAAAACCUCCACGAAGCCCCGCCCCCUUUUUAAAGAGAAACAUGGGCGCAGUCGUUCUUCUCGCAGCUCGCCGAGUCGAUCCGGCUCUUCUUCUUCUUCUUCUUCUUCCUGGUGCUCGUCAUCAUUCCUGCUCCUCAUAUUUUUACAGGUUCUGGUUCGCGAGCCUUCGUGUUGGUCUCCUCGCUCCGGCAGCACAGGAGCUCCUGAGAGACGCGUUUUGUUUUUGGUUUGUUUUUUUUGGUUUUUUAAAGACGCACUCGCUCAUACUAGACACUGGACUGGCGAGCCGUCGUAACGACGGAUUCUCCUUUUACGUUACGACGUUUUCUCUCUUUAACUGCUUUGUCCGUCAGUGGUUAUGAAGUAUGCUGCAUCCAAACUGUGACUCUGUUUUUAAUCCUAGUGGCUUCAUCUCCUCCCCUCCUCUCUUUUUCAUACUCGCCCUCCCUUCAUCCCUUCUUCUUCUUCUUCUUCUUCUUCUUCUUCUGCUGAAUGUGAAGAUGCUAGCCGGCAGUCGGUCUUAACUCGGUGGGGGAGGGGUGUUUGGUCCUUUCUUCAUCUCUCUCCUGGCAUCGCUCUCAUCACUCCACACCACCUCGGCAUCUGUAUUUUGUAUAUUUUUGUAUUUACCUUUUUUUUUUUUUCUUACCUGUAACAGACUGCGUACGUCCGAGCGCGAGGCUCUGCAUGCUUCAUCCUCGCUGCUCUGAAACCGACGGUAGCGUCAGUGUCACCAUUUUUUUGGGGGUUUUUGUUGCCAACCUGGAAGGCGAUGCUGAUGAUGAUGAUGAUGAUGAUGAUGAUGAUAAUGAUGAUGAAUGGCUUUUGCUGCAGAUAUAUACAGUGAAUAUACGAUAACUGAGUGUAUCAAGAGGCUGGACUUGCCUGGGAACGUGUAAAUAAAAUGCUCACACUAUUUUUACCUAAUGUUAACAGAGCUUUUUGUAAAUGUAUCUCGUGCUCAAACUCUGCUGUAUCAUUAUGGAUAUUGUAAAUACAGAAUAGCUCAGUCGGUCAUCUGUCCUCAUCGGGUAGAACUAUACGAUUAAAUUAACCUGUCAGUGUUCUCCCUGUUAUAAAAGAAAAAAAAGCUAUUGUUUUUUUUUUUUGUAUUUUAGAGUGUUAAUAUCACUAGCCAAAAAAAAAAAAAAAAAAAAGCUGAAAAAGUAGGAGUUGGACUCUUGGGAGAGCGGCGGAGGAUGCCUCCUUGGUUUUUAUCGGGCCAAGCUGAGUCCAGUCUCGAUGAGAUUCACAAGCACAAUCCUGUAUUUCUCAUCAGUCUAGCUCUUUGUACUUUUUUUUUUUUUUUUACGUUCAGUGGUUGGUGUUUAUAAUUAGCUUCUUUUUACGUUUUUAUCUUUUUAGCACAAUGCCUGUUUAAGGUGCUCAAAAAAAAAAAAAAAUACUGUGGCAAAGUUCAAAAACCGAAGAAAGGGAUUUUUGCUAUAGCUCAUUCACAAAUUGUUAUAUUGGAUAAACAGAAAUAUUCAGCUUUUUUUGUCCUAUUUGAACAUAAAGGAAAAACCUCAAACAAAGAAAUCUGAAAACAGGCCUUUCCUCUUCGUUGUAUCCGACCAGGCGAUCAGACUGCAGGAACUAAAGCAAGACUAUGUCGACAUUCAGAAGUUUUACUGCUAAUUUAUGCUGUCUGUUGUGGUGGCUAAUGCUAGCCGACGUUAGCCGAUUUUAUGUAAAGUUUGCUGUUGUUACAUUAGUGUAGCAUUUUAGCUAAAUGGUAAACUACAGUUAAGCUAAAUGGUAAACUAGCUAACCGUUCACGCAAGCUAAGAGUUGGACAUGUGUUACAUGAUCAUUUAGGUGCUUACGUUAGCGUUACUUGGCAGCUAAGUUUAGCUCACCUAAUGUCAAUUAAAGGUAACCGACUUUGUGAUUCUCUGCCACUUGAGCUAUGAUAGCUUAGCAUUUUAGUGACCAAGUUUAGAUAUAUUGAACCGUGUUUUUGUAACGCUCAGUACUGAUCAUUUCACCAACAAACUAAAUGCUAAACUACUGUUAAGCUAAAUGCUAAACUACUGUUUAGCAUUUACGCUAGCUAAAAGAGUGGGACAUUUUGAUGCUAAUGCCUUACUCGGUCUGUUAGCUAAUGUUAGCAUAUUUUAGAUACAUCUUCCUGUUUACUGUAAGGCUCUUAAGUGAGCCAUUUCACUGACUUGAUGUCUAGCUAAAUGCUAAACAACUGUUUAGCUAAGUCGUAUGCUAUAUUUUAGCAUUUACACUAGCUAAAACAGUGUGCUUGUGAUGCUAACAUUAGCUUUUGGUUAGCGAAUUUAAGAUACAUCUAUCGCUGAAUCAGUUCACUCAGUGAGUCUAUGAUUCUCCUACAAUUUUGUUACUGUUAUAAUAGCUUAGCAUUUAGCUAAAUGCUAUGUUAAGCUAAAUUGUGAACUACGGUGCAGCAUCGAGCAAAAAAAAAAAACAUUAGAUUAGCAUUUUUCGGUGGGCGUUGUUCAACAAAAAGCGACAUAGUCUUGCUUUAAACAGCAGUGGACGAUAAUAAAAGUUAGCUGAGAUGAAGCUUUCUCAGUAAAUCUAAAAAUUUAAA